AUGUCCAGACACCAAUACUUCCACAACGAUACCCCCUUCGGCCCCACUGGCUUCAUACCAGCGUACUCGCUACCUUAUCAGAUGAACCAGCAACCCCAGGCUUCUGCUUCUGCUCUCCACCAUUUGGCGCCAGAGCUGUUUCAGUCGUCUCCUGCUUCCCAUACUGGCACCAGCCAAAGCCAAUCUUCGUCAGACGGGCCUGCAUCACAGGGCAACUGGGGUUCCUCGUGGGCGAAUGAGCAGGAUUGGGCGACGGCUUCGAGGUCGUUGAUGGCUCAACCGGGUCCAAGCGAAAUUGCGCCACAGCAUUUGCGUUUGGUCGCUUCUGAAAGCAACUCGCGCGGUAACUCGCGCGGUUAUGCUGAUACCGAUCUUGCAAGCGGGAACGUCAAUGAAUCCGUUCCUCAGUUUCAUCUAUCAAUGCCCCUCGGUGGACCUAAUCUUGGUGGCUUACCGUGUGGCGAAUCCUCCACUGCCCAAUACGGAAAUCGUCCACCAAACGCAACGUCAUCCAUUUCUCAGCUAGCAAGCACGUUGUCGCCGCUGCAGUCUGAAGCCAUCAAGGAGCCCCCCACGUCAACCGUCGAAGUUGGUAACAAGUAUCAACAACUGCUUGCUUCCAAGCUGUUGGAUGCUCCGGUAUCGCUCCCAUCACAAAUGACGGCCCCUGCGACAUUUGGGCAGUUUUCGCCCCCAGGUACGUUCUGCACUGGUCUUGCUAUCAUGAGGGCGAUAUUGACGGACUCUGUCCCAGGUCUUUCAGAUAGCAACAGAUACGAGCAUCUCGUCGACAUGAAGAUGAAGUCUUCGACGAUGGAGGCCGCUAGGAGCGAUAGCAGAGAUAUGUCUCGCGAAAUGGCACAAUUCAGGAAAUCGUUGCUCGAAGAUGGCUGCGGGAUGAUGGAUAGUGGGUCCGUGCCGACGAUGGCCAGGACCAAUACCAUCUCAGAGAAAAGUCAACACCCAAGCUACAGCGGUGGGGUACUUCCGCUUGCCAGUAGUCGAUCUGAAACAUCAAUGCUUCAGCCUCUGCCUGAUGUUGCCCCUCGCUUGCUCGACUAUGGAAAUGCGCAACCAUGGUCAUUCCAGCCCAUCGCCUCUCUUGACUUGGAGACUCAUCUCGCAGACUAUCUCCCCCAACCACUGCACGACAGUCAAACGCACGCAACGGCAGAGAUACUCCAGUCUUAUCACAAAGCAUUCGGUUUCCCCGGCGGUCAUGUCGAAAGCACCGGUCCCUCCUUGGCCGGCUCUAGGACAGGCGAGUGGCCUAUGAUUGCUACGAGUGCGUCGCAGACGCAGACCGUCGACCAAUCAUCAUCAUCAUCUCGUUCCGACUCUUUCCCCUUUUCCACGCCCAAAUUCUCCGUGCCCCGAUCUCAAACGAAACCCCUUCACACCCCCGAGGCUAUACUCCCCACCGCCCGUCCGGACGCGCUCGCCUCAACUCCAGGUAGUCCCAACCCUCCCUUGCUCGUCAUCCGAGUGCACGAAAAGAAGAUCCUCCCUCCAAGCGCUAGCGACUUGCAAGAUGCGAACGUAACGCCCGUCAUCAGGAUCAUCCCCUCCAGGAUGGGCCCCGCCAGACCUUCUUCCGCGCGCAAGCUGGUUCAGCCCGCGUAUGAGAGCAACAUGUUUACCGAAGCGCAGGUCGUCAAGAAGCGCGGCAGACCUAGAAAGGAUGAGGUGUCGUUACAGCCGAGCUUUGAUGCUCUGGCGAAGAGGAAGGGUGAAGAGGAGGAUGGGGAGAGUGAGGAGGAGGAUAGUGAGAGUGGGGAUGAGAAGGGGUGUGGGAAGGAUGGGAAGAAGAGGAAGAGGACUCGGAGGCAGACGUCUAUUGCGUGCAACUUUUGUCGUUCAAAGAAACUCAAGUGCAAUGGCGUACGCCCAAUCUGCUCUGUAUGCGCCCGCCGAAACGAGGGAGACUGUGUUUUUGAGACCGCCCUGCGCCGACGCGGUCUUGCCAAGAGCCGCAAACCUUCUCGCCUCCGUAUCACUCCCCUCAGCAUUGACACGCCUCUGCCCGACUUUGUGAGCGGGACGGAACUUUCCAGCGGGGUCUCUUCUGCGCGAUACGACUUUCCUACGCCUACGCCGGCGGUCAAGGGGUUGAGGGAGGGCGAGCAGGAUUUUAGGAGGGCGAAGUGA